GUUCGAGUUACUAAGUCUGUCGUCUGUCGGGUGUUGUGAAUUUUAUUUUGACAGAUCGCGUAUUGUGUUAGGUGAAGUGUUUGUUGGAUUCUCUAUUUCGUCUAUUAAUUACGAUAGGGGACCCAGCCAGUCAGUGGAGGAUGGUCGACUGAUGUUGGCGGGGGCAGAUGGGCAACUCUGGCUCUCAGGCGGGGACGGGCGGGGACACUAGGCGGGGCUGGGCACACUCUUACCCUCGCCCUGCCCAUAAGGUGUUGCCUGAGAGGGUACCAGGGCAGCGGUUGAGACUAACUCACAACGGAAACAUCCUACACAGCGGCGGAACUCUGACUGGGCGUAAACAUGUCAACCAUCAGGUGCGUCCCCGUAGUUCCAGCCAAGGCAGUCACUAUGAGCCUACCAAAGUGUUGUACGGCAGCGAGCCUGACCUGCGAUUCACCGGGAGAGAGUAUGAGAACCACAGUCCUGCCAAACUGCGCAUCUCUCGGUCCCGCAAGAAAUACAAGGCUCCUCCCGCACCACAACACAGCAACGGGAUGGACAGUUCGUCACCAGACUCGUAUCAACACUGGGAGAUGACGGGGGCGGAGGUGGUUGCCCCCGUCAGGCGACUCAGGCUGUUCAAGACCAAGGCAGAGAGUAGCAAGAGGCGGGGGGAGACACACCAUCACCCUCCGCCCCCGCCGGGCCCUCUACAGCGCAGUCUCUCCUCCCCUCAGUUCCAGAUAAUCAGCCCAGCAGAACUUCUAGAAGCAGCGGAGAAGCUGAGGCCUGUUCGAGAACCUCCGGUCGGUAAAGCGGCAGACAGUCCACCCCUUGGUCAUAGAGCUCGGGAGAGCUACAACAAACCUACGAACAAGGAGAACAAGUCAAACAACCCACAACGAACACCAAAGGAUGAGCUCCUGUCAAGAGGAAGGAGUCAACCGAUCCAGAGGUUAAGAGGAGACGGUGGCGGGGAGAGGAGAGGGAGGGGAGAGGGUUCUCCCGCUCAGGAGUCUACGCCUGAACCUCCUCCUAGCAGACGACACAACCACGACAAGAACUGGCCAGAGAUUACUCCAACAACAAAGCCGACUGCCCCUGUGAAGACUUUCUACUUCGGCAUGAACGAAGACGAACUUCAAAACACAAGCUCAGGAGCAGGCUCCGAGGACAAUCCUGAGGUGGACAGGUUCGCGGCCAGUAUACAACGUAGGAUUCCGUCCAACCCUACCCAACCUCCACCUCUGGUCACUCACAACACCUCAGGCAGCGACAGUCUCAGCAGCAACGACCCUGUGGGCGAGGAAAGUAGUCCCCAGAUCUCCCUACAGUUGCGCCCCAUCCUGCCCCGCAAACAGCUGGAGAUUCCCCGCUUCUCCCCCACAGCCGCGUGGAGGCUACUGGCAGCUCUAGAGUCACCCCCGCCUAGUGACGGAGGUGAGGGCGAGGGCGAGGAUGAGCUGAUCAUGCCCCCGACACCUCGGCGGGGCGAUAAGAGCGGGGACAGUGGUAUCAGCGGGGAUGCUAGCCCUCAACAUCAGGACUCUACUCACUAUUCCCCUCACAUAAGGGCUGCUUGGACUCCUCAGCAAGAUCUGGAGGAGACCAGUUCAGACGGGGGGUUGGAGUCCGCCCCCCUCUCCCCUGAGAGUUUACCGCUCGCCAAGUUCUCCCCUCGCUUCUCCCUGUCCCUUCCUAGGGAUGACCGCCUGGCCGUCUACACACAGACAGACAAGACAAAAGAAGAAGACAGUUUCCAAAGCCUGAAGAAGCUGAAGAGGUCGAUGUCAGGCGCGUUGGCUCUAAGUCGUUGUGGCACCAAGGAGACUGGUGCUAGUAGUCUACCUCUAGACAACAACUGGGUGUUGAGCCGCAGUGUUCCUAACUCUCUCAACACUAGCUUGCAGAGGUGGAGCUCCUCUAGUCCCUCGUCUCCUGACCAGGAAGAGGAGUUGUCUGUGGUAAAGCAGCCUUCGUUCUCAUACCUGGCGACCGGAGGACACGUCAUGUACCUGCCAGAGUACUCUACCCCCCGGUCUCACAGGGACAGAGAGAGGACGCCGGCAGCUCUCUCGCUCUCCAAGUCCUGUGAGGACCUCAGUCAGCUAACGCCAGGGGUGUUGCGAGCGAUGGAGCCCAAGGGGCGCAAGAAGUUCACCUUCCAGAGCACCAUCCGGCAGAUCGAGAGGCGGCGGCUGGCGGAGAAACUGUCCAAGGAGGCGGAGCAGAAAGAGCGACAGAGACUCAAUGAGCUAGAAGCAAUGCGAAGGGUCGAAGAGGAGUUUCAACGCAAGCGAGAGAGAGAGAAAGCAGAUAUCCGUCAACAGCUGAGGUUGUACAGUCUGACGCAGGGACGAGACGCUCCAGAGGGGAAAGACGCACCACCACCUCCGUCCACGCAGGUGUUGAGUGAAUACCGACAACCUAGACAUGACUACAGGGACUUCACACCUCACAGGUAUCAAGAAGAACCAGUGUUGGAAGUUCCUAAGAAGUCAACGGUUCAUCCGCAAGUAGUUUACCAGAUGCCAAAGAGUACACAGGUCUAUGUUGCGCCUCACCUGCACUCGAACAGUGGUUCAGGGGGAAUGUCCACACCUCGCUCAUCAUGUUCAGACAACUAUCGGAGAGACUUUGCUCACGGAGCCGUGCCUCACUCUCUAGUCAGUUCUGACUCGGAGAUCUCUCAACCCAACACGAGGCCGACGUCUCGCAACAUACACCGCAGCAGGUCGGCGAGUCCUGGUCGCAAGUCGCCUCGGGUCGUAAGUCCGAUGGAGAUCACGUUGCAUCUGAAACAACUCAAGAUCCUGCAACAGCCGGCCAGUCCGGUACCGUGCCCUGUGCCGGACACGGUACACCCAGUGCCGGACGGCACCACGGAGGCGCCACCAGAGACCCCUCCUCCAAUCAUACCACAGCCUCCGCCACCGCCCAUGUUGUCGACCCUGGUGCCUCGCCUCGGACUAAGCUCUCUUGCUCAACCUUUCGCCCCGAAGCCGAAGGCGUUUCGACCAAUCUCGUUUAAUCCGACUUCCAACAAAGUUGCUCAAACCGCCAUGUAACGAUUUAUAUAUUUAUCGGUGUAUUAUUGUAUGUAAAUUAUUUUAUGAUUAUGUACAAUUGAAUUAUAUAUAAUGUAUAAACAUGUAAAUAAACUGUAAGUUCUGUGGUUUCGGUUGUUCUUUAACAUCUGUUACUUUAUUGUCGAUUAACUCUUAAAAUCUUGUUUCUUUACUAAUUGUAUGAAAUAUACAACUGUACGUAAA